AUGAAAAAUAUAUAUUUUUUAAAAAAAUUAUUAUUUGUUGUAAUAUUAAUUGUGUUUUCAUUAAUCAUUUCAUAUAGUUUCAAUAACACUUAUAAAAAUAGUAUAAAAAAUUUUAAUAAUAAUAUUAAAAUUUCUGAAAAAGAAUAUAAUAUAAUAAAACAAGAUGUAAAUAAUAGCAAUAAAGAUGAUAAUAAUGACGAUAUUAAUAGUACUAGUGAUAAUAAUAAUUUAGAUAGCAAAGAAAAAAGAAAAUUAAAAUUAAAAGAAUGGUUUGAAAGAAAAAGAUAUUAUGAACAAAAACAAAUAACGGAAAUGAAUUUAUUGAAAAAUCAUUCAAUUAGAGAAUGCAGAAAAGAAAUUAAUUAUUUAGACAAACAUGAUAUUACACCCACUAUAGCCUCACUCAAAUUAAUACCAGGCUAUCCAGGCCCGAGAGAACCAUACACCAAUAAUAAUGAAUAUUUAGACAACGAAUGGAAAAAAAGUUCAUUAACCAAUCGAUUACUACUACCGAAACCAUAUAUAUUUAUACACAUGCCAAAAACAGGAGGAACAUCAUUAUUAAAAGUAUUCAGAAACAAUAAUAGAAAUUUAAAAUUUUAUUACAGUAAUGUGCAUCCCCCAUAUCAAGACCUGAAGAACGUUGUAAAAAAAGACACACUUUUUGGUCAUUUCGUAUUUGGCUUACAUAAAUAUUUUGACAAACACCCAGAAACCCGAUUACAAUUACCAAAAGAUAUAGUAGAGCCUUAUUUAAAUCAGUACAGCUAUCUAACUAUGUUAAGAGAUCCAAUUGACCGGGCCAUAUCGCAUUAUUACUUUUUAAAAGCAAGCUUUGACCAUCCUCUACACCAUCAAACAAUCAAUAAAACAUUUAUAGAGUGGAUAUCAAUCACCGAUACCGUAAAUAACGAAUUCUGUCGUCGUAUGGUUGGUAUUGAUAGAAGCACCGAAACAACAGUAGACUUUGAGAAUCUAUGUAUCCAUCGUUUAAAAUACACAUUCAAAUAUAUUGGUAUAAUGGAAAGAUUCGACGAAUCAAUCGUAUUACUAUCUCACAAACUUGGUUACACCGAUUUACUAUUCCCAAACGAAAAUGUCGGUAAAGUUAGAACUAACCACACCAAAGAAACUCUAACUCAAGAAGAAAGGUCACUUUUAGAACGUUUAAACACAGCAGACAUCAGAGCAUACAAAAUUGCAUUAGAAAUAUUCGAAAAAGAAAUUGACAUGGUCGGAAGAGAUUUCUUGAAUCAAGAAGUAAUCCAAUUCAAAAAGAAAUACAAUGAGGAAUACAAUAUCACAUAA